AUGGGAAACGAAAAGCAAAAACCAAUCCUGAUCUCCGGUGCAGGCCUCGCCUCCCUUCUCCUCGCCCGCGUCCUGCUCAAUAACAACAUCCCCUUCCGCAUCUUCGAGCGAGAUGCAUCACUCGCCUUCCGCGGCCAAGGCUACAGACUCAGACUGAGCAAUGAGGGUCUAGAUGCGAUUGAGACGAGUCUGAAUCCGAAGGGGUGGGAGCGAUUCUGGGAGACUUGUGGGAAGACAGGCGGCGCUGGAUUAGUCACGUUCGAUGCGAGGAAUGGUGAGAUCUUAGAGGACAGUGAUGGGCCACCAAAUGGGAAAGGAGAGAAUGGUGCGGGUGCGGGGACGAAGCAAGACGAGGGCCGCCCCAACGAUGCCGUCACAAAGCUGGAGAGCAAGCAGGAAGAGGGCAAGAAAUCCCACGACACACCACUAAAGCAGCUCGGCCGAGGCCCGAAGGAGGCGCUGACGAGUCGUGGAGGCCAAACUGUGGGCAUUGCGAGGGGAGAGAUGAGGGAGGUGUUCUUGGAGGGCGCGGAAGAGUAUGUCCAGUGGAGCAAGGACGUUACGGGCUACGAGAUGGCACCGUCCGGAGAGGGCGUCUUUGCAAUUUUUCGGGACGGGAGCAAAAGUGAGGAGGGAAGCAUGCUGAUCGGCGGCGAGGGGAUUCACUCGAAAAUUGCGAAGCAGUUGAGCGGUGGAAAGUUGAAGGUUUUCGAUACAGCAUCCCGCGGCAUUCACGGUCAAGCCCCAACCAGCGCCUUUCGGGGAUUGGGCGAAGGCGUCUUCCGCAUCGUCGACGACGAGAAUUCUACUGGCAAAUUGAGCAUCAUCACAAACGUGCGGUCGGGCGACAAGGACAGAGACGAUAUCCAAUUCGGGUGGACUAUGAUCGGUCAGCCGGGGGUGAUCCAUGCGCCCAACGAUGACUAUACCAUCGUAGGGAAAGUGGCGGCGGACAUUGCGAAGAAGUUGACUAAAGACUGGGAUCCGAAGUUCAAACCAUUGUUCGAUAACAUGGAUGAAAAGGAAGCGGCGUUUUGGAAAAUCACAUGCUCCUCCCCUUCCGGUGUCCCACAGUGGGAGAACAACCCUCGGGUUACAGUCAUUGGAGACGCAGUGCACAGCAUGACGCCUGCGGGCGGUCUCGGCGCCAACACAGCAGUCCAAGACUCCGCCCUCCUUGGCCGUCUCCUCGCUGAAGCAGGUGGUUACGCUGAUGGAAUAACGAAGAAAUAUGAGGACGAGAUGAGGAUUUAUGGCUCGAAGGCUGUUGCGCAGAGCUACGGCGUGGCAAGUAAAAGCUUCGCUGGGUUGAUUGACGAGGAGCGGACGCCGACUGUGUAG